AAAUUUGUCACAAUUCGUCUGGUUGCCAGACAAGACGCAUUUCUUAAUUUUUUUGUCGAAGUUUUUUAUUUAUUAAAUUAAUACGACUGGUAGUGAAUUUUGUCAAGCAGUAACAAAGAAAAAAGGCAUCAAACUGGCGGAGAAAAAAAGUGCAGAUGGCAUUAUGCCAAACAUCAGUGCUGAAAGUGUAUCAUGCCGUGAUUGAAGAUGUCAUCUCGAAUGUGCGCGACGCCUUUCUGGAUGAGGGCGUCGACGAGCAGGUGCUGCAGGAGAUGAAACAGAUCUGGCGCAAUAAACUGUUAGCAAGUAAGGCGGUUGAAUUGAAUCCAGAGCCGGGCGAGCCGGGUCAUCAUCCACCGCCCAUUGUGGCCAACAAUCCAAAGAGCUCGAAGGCUGCCAAUGCCAAAGCCAAAAAGGCUGCUGCCGCUGCGGCAGCCUCACAACAGAACAGCAACAACAACGGCGCCGGAGCAAGUGGUGGCAUGAACACGUCUGGGGACAGCAAUAAGCCAGCAACACCAGCUGCGGCAGCUGGUAAAUCUCCAGCAUUGACUGCAGUUGGCGGUGGAGGCAUCAUUAAGAAUGGUGGCAUCGGAGCCAUCAAGCAGGAGGUCACAUCACAGAAUCCGCCACCGUUGCAUCCCACAUCGGGUGCGGCGUCAAUGCUGCAGAAGCAACAGCAGGCUGCCGCUGCUGGUGGCGGCGGCAAUGCAGCUUCUGGUGGUCAGACACCCAUACCAAUUGUAUCGCAAUUGGACCCCAAUCGCAUAAUGCCUGUGAAUAUUACGUUACCUUCGCCACCUGGCUCAACAAGUUCGGAAUCUCGUGUGCUCACCAUACAAGUGCCAGCAUCGGCACUGCAAGAGAAUCAGUUGACCCAAAUAUUAACAGCUCAUCUGAUUUCAUCGAUCAUGUCAUUGCCCACCACAUUAGCCUCAUCCGUGCUGCAGCAGCAUGUGAAUGCAGCUCUCACCAAUGCCAAUCAUCAGAAGAAUAUUGCCAUUGCUAAGCAAUUGGAUGGCGCUUUGGAUUCGUCGGAAGAGGAUGAGAGCGAGGAGAGUGAUGAUAAUAUGGAUAAUGAUGACGAUGAUGAUUUGGACAAAGACGAUGACGAUGAUGCUGAGCAUGAGGAUGCUGCCGAAGAGGAGCCCUUGAAUAGCGAAGACGACGUCACCGAUGAGGACAAUGCCGAGGUCUUUGACACAGAUAACGUUAUUGUGUGCCAGUAUGAUAAGAUCACACGAUCGCGCAACAAAUGGAAAUUCUAUCUCAAGGAUGGCAUCAUGAAUAUGCGCGGCAAGGAUUACGUAUUUCAAAAGUCGAACGGCGAUGCUGAAUGGUAAUCGAAACUAGCACCAACACAACAAAAUAAAAAGCAAAGCGUAAAACAUGAAUCCAUAAAAUGAAACAAACAAAAAGACAGAACGAAAUGCCUCACAGUACGCCUUCAGCAAACAAAAAACACAGCAACAAAUACGUUACUAAGCACCCCCAUCUGAUCAGGUCAUCAUACCCAAUUCACAAAUUUUUCCCGCAUUCAGCCUUCAAAAAAAAGCCAGUUUUGACGGGAAAAAAUCCAAAUUGGCAGCACUGCUGGCGGCUGUGGUGAUACGCAGUGCCGCAACCCACAUGUUGCCACCCAUUGAGGAGGGCCCGAAACAAAUUUUCUACAGAGAAUUCUCUUCAGAAACCUUGUUCUUGGCCUUCCCCAAUGGGUGGCAACUUGUGGGUUGCGCCACUGUAUAUCACCACAGACGGCAGAGUUUUUUCCUCCGUCGCCACCACCACGUUACUUGCACCCCAUCUGAUCAGAUCAUCAUCCCAUAAUAAC